AUGAUGUUCCUUGUGCACCUGCGUGCCCUAAUUGCUGGUGCCGUCCUCCAUAGUUUCAUCGAUGUUUGCAAUUACCUGAUGCCCCGCCGCCUUUUUCUCACCGACUCUUUGUUUGCCCCGACACUGUGCCAUCUUUGGGUGAGCAAUUACCUCCCGAUGGUCUGUUUGGCCUUCAUGGCCUUGGUUCUAAAUUUUAUUGUUGGAAACAGAGCCAUCCAAAUUGCUUGCAGAUACCAGUACUCGUUUUCCACAUCCCUCCUUACCAAUCUCGCCUAUGUGGUCGGCAUGGGUCUUCUCAGCAUAACCGUGAUGCUGCCACAAGCUCUCAUAGUGUACUGGGAUGGCAAACGUUGCCGCUGUCGUGACACCAACCUGGCCUAUGGACUCCUGGUGUCUCUUUACACGGAGACCUUCGUUCAUUUUGGCCUGUCUGUAGUAAUCAGUGCCAUUAUCCUCGGCAAAUCCUGUCACAAAAUUAUCACCUGGGUGCGUAACACACCAGCCGACCAGCUCUCCGAUACCUGGAACAAUCUGGCUUUCUCCUGCACUACUAAGGAGCAGAUUGAGACAUUCAGUCGACCCCAGGGUUGGAUGACUGCGUCCAUGUGCACUUUGCCCCUUUCGGUGGCCUACAUAAUACCCAUUAUUUUCAAAUCAGGCCAUGAAUUUUUAUGUGCUUCGGGAGUGUGUAAAUUGAUUCGCUACUCUCUGUUAUUCAGGGUAGGCAACCUUCUGGUAGAUAUCCAUCUACUCAUACUGCCUAUCAUCAUCAUCAUUUUCAUUCCGGCACUGCGGGAUCUACCCGUGCGGCUCUGUCAAAGAACCAUUUGGCUGAUCAAAAAGCACUGCAGGACUGCUCCUACCGAGGAACUUGGCUUCAGAAUUUCCUAG